GCCAUUUGGAGAUGAUAAUUCAACGCGCACUUAUGGCAAACUGAGGAAGGAACAGAGUUUGGAUGCACCAAGAGAGAAACGCAGGGACCGUGGACUAAUUACUCCGUUUCUCAUCAUCUUCCGUUCGUUAGAUUUCUCCUCUACUUUGCACUGAGUGGGCUGUGAAUCCAAACCGGUGGGUACCAUUUUCAUUCACAGAAAAAAAAAAAAAAGAUCGAAACUAGAUGCGGGUGCGCACAAUUUGGGAAAGUGAAUUUAGUCUCCUUAGCGGUUGCGGUGCAUGUUUAAACUUUUAGGUCAUAAAGAGACAAACAUAUUUGGCUCUUUGAAUCAUUAAGCACUGAAAUAAGUUUUUUAAUACGGUGUUCUUGAUGGCUUGGUUUGUUUCCCCUCUUUUGCGCAUCUGUGCUUAAUCGGUUAAUGAGAAAGUCUUAUUGGAAUCUUGUCCAUUGUCCUAAAAAAAAGACACCAAUGCAGAGAAAAUUUAAAAUGCAAAGGGGAGCAUCUUUUCAUAUAUAUUACAUAACAUCAAAAAUAUAAGCAGUAUAUACUUGUACAUUUCUGUAUCACUAUUAACAGUAUUCGUGUGGCUUGACCACAUUUGUUUGAGAUGCAUGUCCACUAUUUUAAUCUUUGAGCUUUAUAUUCAGAGUAAAUCCCGUCAUGUCCCAGAUUGACAGCGUCUCUGUGGCGGAUACAGUCUGACAGCAGGGAGGCAUUCAGUCACAUUAUUCUAAAACAACCCCCCAAAAUAUCCGGAUAUUACAACAAAAUACUUUUUUGAAGUUUUUAAGGUUUCCUCGGUGUAACUUUUUAGUAUGUACACCGUGCCAGAAGCUCUUGAGGGGGAUGAGUGAGCUGUCCACACUGAAGUGCUGAAAUGAAAGCACUCAUGGUGGAUUUCAGGGGAAAUGAAUUGUUGGUUGUUGUAUCUCAGGAACAUCCUGUAUUUCCUUCUCCAAUUAUCACACAGUUAGAGGAUUUUUAUGUGUAGUUAAGUUGUAUCCUGUUGACUAACUGUUUCCUAUUUGAUGUUUCCUCAGAUCAAAAUGAUGACCAAACCCUUUGGAAAGAGCAGCGAUGUGAGUGAGCUGGUGAGCUCUCUUGGCUGGCUUGAAGAGGACGGCAGCUCUCAGGAUGGAGAUGAAAGCCCUGACAUGAGAGGGCAACACAGCCUGACAGUAGGGAGCCGGAUCCACUCCUGCACAGAACUGGGCAGUGAGGACAUGGAUGAAGAAGAGGAGGAGGAAGAUGAUGAGAUUGGUCCAAAUGGUGAACAAGCCCCAAAAAGAAGAGGCCCUAAAAAGAAGAAGAUGACCAAAGCUCGACAGGAGAGAUUUCGUGCCCGGCGGGUCAAAGCCAACGCCAGAGAACGUUCACGAAUGCACGGGCUGAAUGAUGCUCUGGAUAAUCUGCGCAGAGUGAUGCCCUGUUACUCCAAAACACAGAAGCUGUCAAAGAUUGAGACUCUCCGGCUGGCCCGCAACUACAUCUGGGCUCUGUCUGAAGUGCUGGAGAACGGCCAGUCCCCAGAGAGCCACGGCUUUGUGGAGAUGCUGUGCAAGGGUCUGUCUCAGCCUACCAGUAACCUGGUGGCCGGUUGCCUGCAGCUGGGACCCAGCCCCAUGAUACUCAACAAGCUGGAGGACAAGUGUGGAGGCCCCGGGAUUGGUGGUGUGGGGGGUCAGGCCAGCCAUUCCCUCAGCUACCCGUCUCCAGGUCUUCCAAGUCCCCCUUACGGCUCCUUGGAGGCUUCCCACCUCAUCCACAUGAAGGGAUUCAAGGGGCCUGUGUACGACAACCCCUCCCCUAAUGAGUGCAGCAGUGGCACUCCACCCUAUGACGGGCCCCUCACUCCUCCUCUCAGCAUCAGUGGCAACUUUACCCUGAAGCAAGAACCCUCACCCCAUGAGUCUGAGAGGAACUACACACCCCACACUGGCCACCAUGCCCACUACCUCUCAUCACACCAUUACCCCUCAUCCACAGCAGGGGGGCCUCAGGGCCACCCACUUUUUCAGGCUUCACGCUAUGAGCUGCCCCUGGAUGUGGCCUUUGACUCCUUUACUCCUUCUCACCUGAUCAGCUCCCAGAUGGGCGCAAUCUAAAGUGGGACCAAGAACGGUGAAGAGGAGAUUUAACUGUUCAGGAGGGAAACACUGCUGUUUGAUGAACCAAUGUCAAAAACAGCCUCUGUGGUUCUUACUGUACAGAGAAACUAGUUUGAAUUGAUGUUUUCAAGGACUUUGAGAGAGCACUGAAAGCUCAGAGACUCACCAACUCAACUCAGUCUACCUGAUACAAACAUGCACCCAUAACUUUUGAUAUUUAAAUUAUUUUCUUUCUUUCUUUUUUUGUAAUAAUACAUGAUUUGGAUUAGAUGAAUUACUUUAAAAACACCCUGUUAGUUGUUACAGUGACUAGAGGUGAUUUCAGAAAUCUCUCACCGACACUUGGGUGUCUCAUUCAUGUUGCUGUGAAAUAAUUGGGUUUAAACAAAAACACAUGAACUUUGACAGAUGAUCUGCAUGUCUGCAUAUCAGAAAAAAAAAAAGAUUUAAAUUGUGCACGACCAAUGCCCCCCUCUGCAAUAAGAAUAGAAAUGCAUUUAUUUAUAUCUGUAUUUAAUAUUUAUUUUGAUAACAUCUCGUCCUUUUUUAUAAUUUUCUCAGCACAGUUUUUUUGUUUCACUGUCUUCUGUUUUUUUGUGAAUCACUGACAUCUGUACUGUAUUUAAUUUAUUUAUUGGAGGUCUUUCAGGUACUUGUUUAUUUGGCGUCACAAUUUUUGUCACACUGUACUGUUGUAAAUAUUUGGCUGUUUCGCACUUGAUUGAAUAAAUAUUCUUAUAUUAUAUGCUAUUUCUACAGUAAAAA